AAAGUUGGGCAUAAAGCAAUACUUAAACCUGCUUCUUGGCAUGGCAUCAGAACAGAGCUGAAAUACUAAUUUGAUUUAGACAGAAAUCAUGGUUCGUCUGACCUUGGAUCUAAUUGCCAAAAACAGCAACUUUAAACCCAGAAAAGAAGAAACCACCUUACAAUACCUGAAGAAAAUAACUCAUAUAAAUUUUUCAGACAGAAAUAUAGAUGCAAUUGAUGACCUCUCUCUUUGUAAAAAUCUUAGUGUUUUAUAUUUGUAUGAUAACCGUAUUAGUCAAAUAAUUAACUUGAAUUUUGCCACAAAUCUGACCCACCUGUACCUACAAAACAAUUGUAUUUCAUGUAUAGAGAACCUCAGUUCAUUGAAGAACCUGGAAAAACUGUAUCUUGGAGGCAAUUACAUUGCUGUUGUAGAGGGUCUAGAAGGAUUAGAAGGACUGAGAGAGCUUCAUGUUGAGAGUCAGAGACUUCCCCUUGGAGAAAAGCUUCUGUUUGAUCCAAGAAGUCUUCAAUCUCUGGCAAAAUCCCUCUCUAUAUUGAAUAUCAGCAAUAAUAAUAUUGAUGACAUAAAAGACUUAGAACUACUGGAAAAUCUUCAUCAACUCAUAGCAGUUGACAAUCAACUUUUGCAUGUGAAGGAUUUGGAAUUUUUACUGAGCAAAUUGAUGAAACUGUGGAAAAUGGAUCUAAAAGGAAAUCCUGUUUGUCUCAAACCAAAAUACAGAGACAGAUUGAUACUAGUCUCCAAAUCACUGGACUGUCUUGAUGGAAAAGAAAUUAAAAACAUGGAAAGACAAUUUCUAAUAAAUUGGAAAGCAUCCAAAGAUGCCAAGAAAAUCAGUAAGAAAAGGAACAGUAAAAAGGAGGAUGACAGUAUCUCUUAUAUAAGUACCUUUGAAGCAAUGCAUCACAUAGUUCCUGUUUAUUACCCACAAGUGGGUAAGCCAAAAUUAGUCUUUCUCUCUGAUGCACAAAGACACAUUGCCAAUGAAAAUGCACCUCUAGAAAGCUCCCAAGAUAAUAAGCCUAAAAUUAUUGAAGAGACCAGGAAUCUCUGAAGGAAUCUGAAAGGUUGUGACAAGAAGUGAUGAACAUGAACCUCACCAUCUGUAUCAUCCAAAAGUAAAAGAAAAUUUGUUUGUAAAAAAAAAAACAAAAACGACUCAA